AUGGGAGCUGAGUCCAGGAAGCCUCGGCCGGGGCCGGGACCAGGACCGGGACCGGGACCAGGAGCGGCACCAGCGGCCAGAUUCGAGGCCGCCACAAGCAGCGCCAAGGCAGGUAAAAGUAGCAAGCCUAAGGGUGGCAAAGGCAAAAAAUCCAAGAAGAAAGCCAAGAAGGUGGUGAAGGAGGUGAAGGAGGUAGACAUCCUCAGCCCAGCUGCCAUGCUUAAUGCCUACUACAUCUGUCACAAUGCUCCUGCCUGCCUGGAGCUGCGAGGCUUUUCCUGGCCUGGCUCCCCCAAAAAGAAGGGGAAGAAAAAAACCCCAGGGGCCCAAAAGUGAAGGACUUGGUGCAAAGCAAACUCUGGGAGAGAAGAGACUCUUCUGUGGCUUAGACUCGCGGUGACCUCGCCAAUAUUCUUCUGCUGGCUGUUGUGUCCUUACAAAGCCUCUCCUGUUAGAGCUCAAGCAGAGAGUGACAAAUGGUAAGUGACACUAUGCCAUUGUCAUUUCAGCUGUGGCCCCUCGUGUCCUCCGUUUGUGUGUGUAAUAAACCACUGCAGACUGAA